AUGGUUUCUGCCCUAAUCCAGACUGUAUCAUCCUAUUUUGAAAAGAUUUGCAAAGGAAUGUUUACAAAGAAAUUGGCAAACCCAAUAAAGAAGAAAGAAAGAAGCGAAAAUAAAGAGUCCAAAUUGACCACUGAUUUGCAAGCACACAAUCUAACUCUCUCUACCACUCUGAAAACUACAGUUAAAAAGAUUUCCAAAUGCUCUUCGGCACGUAACAUAUCGCUUGAAGAAGACGACGGAAAGAACGACUGCUCAUCUCUGUCACCCACAUUCAGUUAUCGUGUAGCUAUAGCUAAUGGACUCCCCAAAAACUCUCUUUUUUUGAAUAAUAAUGAGAGUAUCUUUCCUGAGGUUUUUUCAGUUGAUAGCAGCAAUUCUGACCUCUUGAGUGAGACAAAACCUGUCCGGAGACUGGAUGAACAUAAAUCACACACUAUGCCAGUAAGACGAAACAGGAAGAGCCUUAUCAGUUUGGCUCCCUCUGAUGGCAGUUCUGAGGGUGAACGAGUGGAACGCUCCAGUUUACACACACUUAGGCUGGGUGCUCUACGCAAGUUAAGAAAAUGGAAGAAGAGCCAGGAAUGUGUUUCUUCAGACUCUGAGGUGAGCAACUGGAGGAAAACCUUGGGCAUCCGCAGCAAAUCCUUAGAUCGUGCUGGGCGGCAACAAAAAAGCUCAACUCUGGAGCCUGGCUCCUCAUCAACAGGCUGCAUCAGUCAGACGCAGGAUGUUAUGGAAAUGAUCUUUAAGGAGCUUCAGGGGAUCAGCCAGAUAGAGACAGAACUAUCUGAGCUUCGUGGCCAUGUAAACGCAUUAAAGAGCUCCAUUGAUGAGAUCUCCAGUAGUGUGGAAGUAGUUCAGAGUGAGAUUGAACAACUUCGCUCAGGAUUCGUCCAGUCUAGAAGGGAAACACGUGAUAUUCAUGACUACAUAAAGCAAAUUAGCCACCAGGCCAAUAAUUCAACCUUGCGAUUCCUAAAUGUUCCCGAAGAAAGGUCAGAGAAAACAGAAAGUCUAAUAUAUAAAAUACUAAAAGAGAAAAUGGGUUUCACCGAUGCCCAUAAGACAAUUAAAAUUGAGUUAGCUCAUAGAUUAGGGCAGCAAAGAGAAUGUUCUAAUGCAAAACCCCGCCCUAUUAUUGUCAUUUUUGCAACACCCCAAGAUAGGGAUGUAGUCUUGAAAAAGUGUUACAAACUCAAAGGAACAGGCAUUACCGUCUCUACCGAUAGCUUACCUCAUGAUGGAAAAGAGAGAAAAGACAAAACAAUGUCAUCCUCACAAACAUAUGAAAGCAUGGAUAUAAAGGUUUCAGGAAAGGAUAAAGUAGUGGAAAGUGAUGACUGGGACUCAAUGGACAGUGAUAAAGAACUGGAGGAAUUAAGCAGAAAUAAAUAUGCAAUGGUCAUUUCAAAGCCUGUUCACAAGACCAAAUCAGACAAGAGGCGGUCCCAUGACCAUAACCGACCAGGAGAUGAAGCAGGCUACUCAGGCACAGUUCACUAUGCUGAUGACUCUUACUAUGACCCAGAUAAGCAUGCCAAGGCUUACUAUUCUGAUUUGACUCCCGGUUGGCUUUCUCAGAGUGACUAUUCAACCCCAAAACUUAGCCGUUCUGAGUCUGACUGUUCAAAACUUUGUCAGUCAUACUCAGAAGACUUCUCUGAGAGUCAGUACUUCACAAGGGCAAAUGGCUGCUCCCUACUGUCCUCCUCUGAUCAGGAACUGUGGCAGAGAAAACAAGAGGAUAUGGCCUCCUCUUGGUAUGCUAGCCCCAGUCAUCCUCUUAGCCAUGAUAAUCAAACUUAUGAACAUAAUGAAGUUGAGACAACAGAAACUAUUGACAGUGGGGUUAGCAAUGGACUUGUCUGUAUGUCUGGGGAUAGAAGCCAUUACAGUGGCUCCCAGCUUUCUUUGCAAGGUGAUCUAUCACCAUGGAAAGAUUGGCAUCACCUGGAGCAGGGUGCGGACUCUGGCUUGGAGGCCUCCAUUGAGGUUAGCAGCCCGUUUGACCCAUCAACCAUCCCUGGUUUUCCAGAAAACAUCACUAAAUGUCAGGAAGUUGAUUUGCAGUUUGAGGGUGAUGAGGAAUUCAUGAUGCUAGACAGAGAAUCAUCCUUACCACCUAUAACCACCCACAUUAUUCCUCCAAUAACAGAACGGGAAUCUGUCAAGACCUCUGGCCGACAAUCUAAAGAGAGAAGUAAAGUACUCACAAAAGACAGUAUGAAGGUAUCAUCAAAAGAUGCUUCUAAAGCUGCUGCUAAAGUGACACACAAACAAAGUAUAUUGACUCCUAAAGAAGAAACCACCAAAACAAUGCCAAAGGAAAGUGCCAAGGUAUCUGCUAAGGUUUCAUCUAAAGUAUUAUCAGGUAAAGCACCCCCUAAAGAAUCAGCUAAAGAGUUAACACAAUCGGCCACUAAAGAAAGCUCUCAAUCUAUCCCCAAAGAAAGUCCAAAAAUCACAUCUAAAGAAACCUCAAAGCCAGUGGUUAAGGAAGUCUCUAAAGUAACAUCAAAGCUAAGUUCUGCUGAGGCUGUCAAGGUCACUUCUAAAGCGACACCAAAAGACAGCCCUAUAAUGACUCCUAGAGAAAGUCCUAAAGAGUCACCUAAAGAGAGCCCUAAAAUAACACCAAUUGAUACACCUGUCUUGACCCCUGACUCAACCCCUAAAGAGUCCCCUAAAGAGUCUCCUAAAGUUAUUGCUAAGGAAUCCCAUCAAACUGCAUCAAAAGAACCCUCACAAGUUGCAUCAAAAGAAAGUGUAAAGGUUGCUGCUAAAGAAAUUACCAAAGAAGCUUCAAAAAUACCCCCAAAAGACACCCUAAAAGAGAUACCUAAAGUAGCUUCUAAUGAGAUGGUAAAAGUACCCCCUAAAGAAGUUUCUAAGAUUUCACCUAAAGAAGCUCCUAAGGUUGCUGCUAAGGAGAGUCUGAAGGUGAUCCCCAAAGAGACUUCCCAAGUACCUCCAGCAGAAAUCCCUACAGGAGCACCCAAAAUGGCUUCAAAAGAUGCUGCAAAAGAAACACCCAAAGCCCCAAAAGAAACCACCAAACCAGGUCCCAAAGGAAAAUUCCCUGAACUUGAUGUUAAUCACAGCUUUCACCAGACCCAGACCAAGUCCUCAAGUAUGUAUCGCAGCCAGAGUGAGAUUCGAACAGAGAAAGUUGAGGAAGUUCCCAAAUCUUGGAGCAGUAGACUUAGCAUUGAUCUCAGUGAAAAGUCCUUUGGAUUUGGCUUUGGAUCUACACUUCAGAGAGCUAAGUCAGCUCUGGAGGUUGUCUGGAAGUCUGGUGCACAAGGUACUCCUGCUCCUCCAGAGGAAACAACCAACUCCUCUUCCUCAUUUAUGGGGCGUUUCCGCACCCUGUCCACUUCUACUGCAAAUAAUUCGAAUACUACAGUAGAUUCAGAUGUUCACACAGAGCCAGUCCCCUAUAAAGCAAAGGAAGAUAAAACAGAUGCAGAAGCAAUAGAACAACCAGUGGACAGUGAGACCCACUAUGUUGAAGUGAUGGAGCAAGUACUUGCCAACCUGGAAAACAGGAAUAACACAAAUGAGACUGAGGAGACAACUGAGUCUGUGCAAGAGUGUGAGACUUCUCAGGACUAUGAUGUGUCUGAUGAUGUUGAUGCAUCUAAAGACAAUGAUGCCUCUCAGAAUAUUGAGUCCUCUCAAGACUUUGAAGCCCCAGAUGACUAUGAGGCAACGAAAGAAGCACACGUUUUGGAGUAUGACUGCAGCUUGGAUGAGCAGUAUGAUGAAGAGUACAGUGAGGAUUAUGAAGCCCAACUCACUGAGGACACUGCUGAAUAUGAUGCAAUGGUGGAGUAUGUUGAUGUAGAAGAACCAGAGACUGAAGACAAUGAUGUGACAGAAGAAAUGGAGGAGGGUGAUGAGGAGUUAGAAGAGGUAGAGGAGAUAGCAGAAGAGGCUGCUGAGGUGUCUGAAAAACUGGAAGAACAGCAGGAGGAUGAAAACUAUAAUGUUCCUGAGGAGAAGCCUGUGGAAGCACCACCUAAGAAACGUGUUCGACCCACAUUCAAGGAAGCAGCACUGAGAGCCUACAGGAAACAGAUGGCUGAACUGGAGCAGCAGAUCCUAGCAGGGGACGCCAGUGCUUUGGAAACUCAGCCUCGCAGUAUUUUGGAUCCCAAAUUGCUGGGUUUGCAGUCUGGAGGGGCUGGCAGUAUACUUUAUGGUAUUGACAGCAUGCCAGAUUUACGCCGCAAGAGGACAGUGCCUCUUGUCCGAGACCUGGCUUUGACACUCACUGCUCGAAAGGCAGGCAUCUCGUUUGCUCUGGUGAGCCGUUCCACACUGAACAACGAGGAACUGAAACUCCAUGUCUUCAAGAAGACUCUCCAGGCUUUGAUCUACCCAAUUUCAUCCACAACACCCCAUAAUUUUGAGGUGUGGACAGCAACUGCUCCCACCUACUGCCAUGAGUGCGAGGGUCUUCUGUGGGGUAUUGCCCGUCAGGGUAUGCGGUGCUCUGAGUGUGGCGUUAAAUGCCACGAGAAGUGCCAGGACCUGCUCAAUGCAGAUUGUUUACAAAGGGCUGUGGAGAAAAGCUCCAAACAUGGGGCAGAAGAUAAGACCCAAACUAUCAUCAUGGCAAUGAAGGAACGCAUGAAGAUAAGGGAGAAGAACCGCCCUGAAGUGUUUGAGGUGAUCCAGGAGAUGUUCCACAUUUCCAAAGAGGACUUUGCCACCCAUCUGAAGACAGCCAAGCAGGCUGUGCUGGAUGGGACCUCCAAGUGGUCUGCCAAGAUCAGCAUCACAGUCAUGAGUGCACAGGGUUUGCAGGCCAAGGAUAAAACCGGCUCCAGCGACCCUUACGUCACAGUCCAGGUUGGCAAGACCAAACGUAGGACAAAGACCAUCUUUGGCAACCUCAACCCUGUCUGGGAGGAGAAGUUCUACUUUGAAUGUCACAAUGCAACUGACCGCAUAAAGGUGCGUGUCUGGGAUGAAGACGAUGACAUCAAGUCACGGGUAAAGCAACAUUUCAAGCGGGAAUCAGAUGAUUUCUUGGGCCAGACCAUCAUCGAAGUUCGCACUCUCAGUGGAGAGAUGGAUGUUUGGUACAAUCUGGAUAAAAGAACUGAUAAGUCUGCUGUAUCUGGUGCCAUCAGACUGAAGAUUAGCGUUGAGAUGAAAGGGGAGGAGAAUGUUGCUCCUCCUCAUGGCCAGUACACCUGUUUACAUGAGAACCUGUUCCACUACCUGACUGAGGUGAAGAGCAGCGGAGUGGUGAAGAUCCCUAAGGUGAAAGGGGACGAUGCAUGGAAGGUCUACUUUGACGAUGUGUCUCAGGAGAUAGUGGAUGAAUUCGCCAUGAGAUACGGAGUGGAGUCCAUCUAUCAGGCUAUGACGCAUUUCUCUUGUCUGUCUGCCAAAUACAUGUGUCCUGGUGUGCCAGCAGUGAUGAGCAACCUGCUUGCUAAUAUUAAUGCCUACUUUGCCCACACGACUACCACCACCACAACCACGGCCUCUGCUUCUGACCGGUUUGCUGCCUCUAACUUUGGGAGGGAGAAAUUUGUCAAAUUGCUGGAUCAGCUGCAUAACUCAUUGAGGAUCGACCUAUCUAAAUAUCGGGAUAAUUUCCCUGCAGGAAACCCAGAGCGUCUCCAUGAUCUAAAGUCCACUGUUGAUCUGCUGACUAGCAUCACCUUCUUCAGGAUGAAGGUACAAGAGCUCCAAAGUCCACCGCGAGCCAGUAUGGUAGUGAAGGAUUGUGUCAAGGCGUGUCUAGACUCUACAUACAAGUACAUUUUUGACAACUGUCAUGAACUGUACAACCAGCUUCUUGACCAGAGCCGGAAGCAGGAGCUUCCCAGAGAGGAGCAGGGUCCAUCCAUAAAGAACCUGGACUUCUGGCCAAAACUCAUCACCCUCAUGGUAUCUGUAAUCGAUGAAGACCGCACGGCCUACACCCCAGUCAUUAACCAGUUUCCACAGGAGCUGAGUGUGGGCAAGAUCAGCGCUGAGAUCAUGUGGAACCUCUUUGCCCAGGAUAUGAAGUAUGCAAUGGAAGAGCACGACAAGCACCGCCUAUGCAAAAGCACCGAAUACAUGAAUCUUCACUUCAAAGUCAAAUGGUUCCAUAAUGAGUACGUCCGUGACCUGCCGGCCUUCAAGGGUGUGCCUCCUGAAUAUUCUCUGUGGUUUGAGCCAUUUGUCAUUCAGUGGCUUGAUGAGAAUGAGGAUGUUGCCAUGGAUUUCCUCAAUGGAGCACUUGAAAGGGACAAGAAAGAUGGAUUCCAGCAAACCUCGGAGCACGCCCUCUUUUCAUGUUCAGUGGUGGAUGUGUUCACUCAACUAAACCAGAGUUUUGAGAUUAUCAAGAAGCUUGAAUGCCCAAACCCACAGGCUCUGGCUCACUUUAUGUGCCGCUUUGCGAAGACUAUCAACAAGGUUCUUCUGCAAUAUGCUGCAAUCAUUUCCAAGGACUUUCCACUGUAUUUGAAUAAGGAGAAUGUGCCCUGCAUCAUUCUAAACAACAUCCAGCAGCUUCGUGUCCAACUGGAGAAGAUGUUUGAGUCAAUGGGCGGCAAACAGGAAGAGGGGGUUGUGUCCUUCUGUAAGCUGGAUGCAGAGGCCAGUGAUCUGCUAAAGGAGCUGCAGAAUAAACUCAACACAGUACUGGAUGAAUUGAGUGGAGUGUUUGGCUCCAGUUUCAAACCUGUGAUCGAAGACUGUGUGAAGCAAAUGAACCAAGAGCUGGUUCAAAUGAAAGGUUCAGCCAAAGGGAGCAAUGCCGCCAUGGAUGCAGAAACUGUCCUCCGGCCUCUGAUGGAUCUUCUUGAUAAAAAUUUGAUGUUAUUCGCCAAGAUUUGUGAGAAGACAGUCCUGAAACGAGUCCUCAAAGAGCUGUGGAAAAUUGUUCUGAACACCAUUGAGAGAACAAUUGUUCUGCCACCGCUAAGUGACCAGAGUCAGCAGGGAGCUCAGAUGAUCUUCAGUGCUGCCAAGGACUUGGGACAGCUUUCCAAACUGAAGGAGCAUGUCAUUCGAGAAGAAGCUAGGAGUCUGACACCACGCCAGUGCGCCGCCAUGGACCUUGUGCUUCCCACUAUCAAGCAAUACUUCCAUGCUGGAGGAAACGGGCUGAAGAAAACCUUCCUCGAAAAGAGCCCUGAUAUGAAGUCGCUUAAAUAUGCUCUCAGCCUUUACACUCAACCUACAGAUGCCUUGAUUAAGAAAUAUAUAUGCACCCAAACCUCUCAAGGUCAGUCAGCCAGUGGAUCAGUGGGAGAGGUGUCAAUGCAAGUGAAUCUCAUCUCUCACCCUGGCACAGGAGAGCACAAAGUCAGCGUGAAGGUGGUCGGCGUGAAUAACCUCAUCUGGCAGACCAACGCCAUGUUCCGACCAUUUGUUGAAGUGAAUGCCAUUGGGCCACACUUGGCUGACAAGAAGCGCAAAUUCAGCACCAAGACCAAGAAUAACAAUUGGUCACCAAAGUACAAUGAAACAUUCCAGUACGUUCUGAGUAACGAACACGGUCCAGAGGCCUACGAACUGCACGUCUCUGUAAAGGACUACUGCUUUGCCCGUGAGGAUCGCAUCAUCGGCAUGACAGUCAUCCAGCUCAGAGAGCUGGCGGACAAGGGCAGCUGCUCGGCCUGCUACCCGCUGGCGAAGAGCAUCGCCAUGGACGAAACAGGCCUCACCAUCAUGAGGAUACUCUCUCAAAGGACCCACGAUGAGGUGGCCAAAGAGUUUGUGCGUCUGAAGACAGACACGCGCUCAGCGGAGGAAGUAUCAUAAUGUGGAGCAAAAAUGCAGUAUUUAAAGUUGUGUUGUCUUCAGUGAGAGAUAGAAAGGAAAAGAUGGAGGAAAAGAGCGUGCAGUAGCAACAGUAUGUUGUUUUGGGAUAGACGCUGGAAACAGCAUCAGAAUGAGAAUGUCCAAAGAGAAGCGAAGGAGGCCCAAAUGCUGCAAGGCAGCAAGAGUGAGAGAGUUGUGUUUGUUUGUUUUUGUGCAUGUGUGUAAAACAUCUGUUGGAAUGUUCAUUUUAAAACUACAGUAUGUACAAGUGUUUACUUACCGUAUGCUUACUAUUAAGUAUUAUAUUCUAAGAGUUAUGUUAAUGAGACAUGAUACCUUUUGUACAACAUUUAGUCUUUUUGAACAGAGAUUUGUUCCAAUAAAGUGCCAAACCAGUGGAAAAAAAAAACAAAAUCAACGUAUAUGAAUUAUGGUGAAGUUAGUAUGUUUGAAAUUUGCUCGAUUAUUUUGUCUGGUGUAAGUCAUUUUCUGACAGUGUGGCGUUUUGAUUGUCGCAAAGUUGUUCAUUUUGCACCCUUGUUUUUUGGCUUCACGUUCUUCCACACUGCACUGUUGUGCAUGUCCUCUUCUCGGUCAUGUCUCUCCCAUGAUUCCACAGUGACCACAGAGCAGGGUCCUGUCCCCUUGCCUUCAAACUGUUUGUAUUUUAAGUCAACCUGAAAAUAGACCAUGUUUUUUUAAAUGGCGAUGACUGCUAUGUAAACCUUCAUAGGUGUUUGUAAUUUUAUAACCAUGACAACAAUGACGACAGCCUCCAGUGCUAACAGUCUAAGCAGAAAGGAUGGAAAUGUUUACGUUCUCUUCGGCUUUUUGUUGUUUCCUUUUGGCUUUCAGCUUCCAGCCUUUCUGAACGACCACUGUGAACAUGAGCUUUGGAAAACAAGCUUACAUGACAUUGCAGACAGUUUGAUAUUAUUGUUUCAUAUUUUUCCGAUAACUUUGUUCCUGAUAAACUGCCAAAGUUAUAUAAAAUAUUUGUACAAAAGCAAUCCAUUACAUGUAUGAAGAAAUAUAUGUACAUGUGAUCUAUUACUUUUUCAAUGCUUAAUAUUCGAUUGUUGAUAGGGUGGUACUAAGAUUUUAUUUUUUUUAUUUCCUGUGAAGCUGUUAUCAAUAUAAAAGUUGCACAUGUUACUUUACACAUUAGUUAUAUCAGCUUCUGUCAUCAGAUUUAUUUUUCUUCAUAAAGAAAGAGUCUAACAUUUGGUAAAUAUGCAACAUUCCUAUGUAUUGCACUGAUGGCGAAUUGUAUGUCAUGUAAAUAUAUUUAGUGAGAUAUUGUAAAAAAGUCUACUUUUCUUCUAUGUGCAUAAAGUAUGUGCAAAAUGUGAUAAAAAAAAAAAAACAUU